AUGAGUUCAAGUAAUUUCACUAUUGCAGAAUUUCAUACAUUAACGGAAAUAUCAACAUUAACGGGUGGAAUUUUAAUAUUUCUCAUUGGAAAAAAUGUAACGACGUUUGUAGUUCUACUCAAAUUAUUAGAUUUUGCUUCGGACGUUGCAUUGUUAAUAAAUAUUGGGAAUACUUAUCCGGACUUAUUUUUUCCAAGCUGCAUGACGUUAGCAGCACCAGCAUUAAUUAAUCUUUUGGUUGUACUUGGAGUAAUGAUUCAACAAACUCAACAAACCAAUAGAAGGGAUUUUAGGGAUUGGUUGAGGGAAAAUAUUAUUAUGACAACAAUCAUCACCAUCUUAUCGAUGGUGGAUAUAGUCAUUAUGAAAUUACUCGUAGAUAUUACUAAAUUUGAUCCUGAAGUAAGAAAAUGGCUACUCAGGGUCGGAAUAUUCAAUAUCAUUAAAUAUAUGCCUCAAAUUGUUAUUCUUGUAAGUAAAUAUAUUAUAAUAUGA